UUGUACAGUGUUUACGUAGCUUCAGAACAUACCUGGAACAAAUAAACGAGCACCGAUGAACCCCUGGCCAUUUGAAUCCGAACCACGCCUGGAACAAGAUGUUCACCACCUCAAAAUCCUGCUCCAUGUCUCCUUCUGCCUCUAUGGACCACGCAGACACAGACAAACUGGACAUCAGAACCAAGGUUCAGCUUCAGGGAGUGCUCUGGAAAAGACCAUUCGGGAGACAAUCAACAAAAUGGUCCAAAAGGUUCUUUAUCAUAAAGGACAGCUUUUUACUGUAUUACGCAGAAAAUGAAAGAAGAAACAUUGAAAGCAACCGAUACUUUAACAUACACCCCAAGGGUGUGAUACCGCUAAGUGGCUGUCGGGUGGAUGCUGUAGAAGAGCCAAACAUGCCACAUGCAAUGAAGAUUUCGCAUGAGGAUUUUCAUGGAAAUAUCCUUCUGGCUGCAGAGUCUGAGCUGGAACAGAACCAGUGGCUGGAAAUGCUGCAUGAAUCUGGAAAGGUAACCUGGCAGAACGCCCAGCUUGGGGAGGCAAUGAUUGGGAGUUUGGAAGCCCAAGGCCUGCAGCUAGCUAAGGAAAGACAGGAAUAUUUUGAUAAACUGAUGGAGGAGACAGAAGAACUGUGUUCGCAACGUGAACAGAAAGAGGAGCUGGAGAGGUUAAACCAGGUCCUGGAGUCUGAGAAGUGUCAAUUUGAGGACCUGGUGCAGGAGCUAAGACUAGAACAGGAACAGAUAAAGAGAGAGCUGGAGGUUACCAUCCACUGUCUGAAGGGUCUGGGAGAGGAGAAACAAGAAUUGUGUAGUCUGACACAGCAUCUUCAGAGGACAAUGGAGGAGCUGUCUGUAGAGAAGCAGAGGACUUUGGCUAUAAUGGAAGCCAGUCAGCAUCACCUGCAGCCAUCUUCCAGUCACAGCGGGAUUUCCAAGCAGGGUCUCCAUGGUAACCUUCAGCAGAUCGAGAGCAAGAUGCAGGCGUUACUGCAAGAGAAGCUGCAAGCAGAAAGCAGGAUCAAGGAGAAUGAGGAGAAGUUCCGAGUGUUGCAAGAGGAGCGUGCAUUCUUUAUUUCAGAGUCCCAAGCCUUGCAACAUUCCUUGACGGAGCUCACGGCUGAGAAAGAACAGACAGAGAAGGCGCUUAAGAUUCAGCUGAAGGUACAGUUGGACCUGGAACAGAGGCUGCGUGAAGCCGAGGAGGCUCUUAGGAGGCUGGAACUGGGACUGAAUUCUGCUGUCAUGAACCAAGACAAGGAAAAGAAAAUGAGAGCAGAUGUCGGCCACUUGAAGAAAUUCUUUGAAGAAUGUAUCAGAAAGUCAGAGAUUGAGGCCAUGAAACCCACCAUUAUGAAGAACUCUGUAUAUGUGCCCAGAGCAGCGACCAGGCGGAUAAAAAGUUGCCGCUUUCAUCACCAAAGACCCAGCUUUUCCCGACUAAGGCACUCUCAUUCAUUCCUGAUGUCUACUCCUGAGACAUGUGACAACCAGAGCGUGAAAGAAACUGCAAAGACCCUGAGCCAAGACCAACAUUACAGAGGAAAUGUCUAUCAAACCAUGUCAAAGCAGGAAUCCUCCCAGGAAACCGACAAAUAAUGUCUGUCGUUUUUUUUUUUUUUUUUUUUUCUUCUUCCACUGACUAUUAAAGAAUUAUUGGAAAUACGUACUGACAUUGUACCCGUCAGGGGAAUCUACCAUCCACAUCUUUAUGAAGCUUAUUUAGUAUGGUAGUCUAAUACCACCAAUAUAAAUGGAAUAUAGAAUGUUUUCUCACUGCACUAUUGACAAAUAUCGCUUUUAUUUUGUAUAAAAAUACUUCCCCUUUGAUGUGCUGGAAAUUGCUGUGGCUGUCUUCCCUGAGACCUUCCUGUGUGGUCUCGUGUAUAACCAAAAAUUCAAAUAUACAAUGUGGGAAUAUGGCUGAAAUCUAAUAUUAGAUGAACACAAUGGUGUUAAACCGUUUUGUGAAUAAACCCCAAAUGCAUAGAUUUGCAUUUGUUUUAAACUGUGAAAUGAAUUCUGUUGGAGAAGGAUUAAGUAUUACAGCUUUCCUUUUAUGCUACAAAAGACCCAUCACCAGCUAAGGAGAGCUUUUCUGACCCCCCAACACAUCGAGGGGAGGCAUCGUGAUUUGCCUGUUAAUUCCUUCUGCUUGUGAGUGCAAAUCUAUCCAUUUGGGGCUUAGUCACA